AUUUUAUUUUUAAGUUUUAAUUAUAAAUUUUAACAAGUGAUAAUAGUUUUAAAUAUACUAAAUAUUGGCUCCUCAAAUACAAAACUAUCAUAAGUUAUGUUAGUAGGUUAUUAUUGUGUAUUAUCGUGUAUUAUUGUAUUUAAAAUGGAACUUACGAAAAUGUUAAACUAAAACGGCAAACAAUUGCUGCUAAACAUUUUUAACUUUACAUUUAAAUUUAAUUCCAAAAUAAGCGGUUAUUCAACAUGGAUUCGCUCAAAGAAAACAUGCAAAUCCAAAUUGAUUUUAAACAACAAAAAUGAUAUUUUAACAUUUAACAUAUUAAUUAAAUAAAUAAAAAAUAAAAAAUAGAUUAAAUGGUGCAAGUAUAGAUAUGGUCACUACUAAAAAAGAUCUGGGUGUUAUUUUCUGUUCUGACCUCAAUUUUCAUACACAUAUUGAGUUAGCCUACUGUAGUGCAUUCAAGACUCUAGGUUUUGUUAUUCGAACGUGCGAGAAUUUUAAGCUGACCUCACUUAAAACGCUGUAUUAUUCCUUGGUACCAUCCUUACUAGAGUAUGCGUCCGUUCUUUGGGAUUCGUAUACGAUAACUGACUCUUCACAUAUAGAGCAAGUCCAGAGGCGUUUCUUAUCAUCUGCUGCCAAUAUUUUAGGAAUAGAGCUCAAGAUACAGGAAGGUAAUGUUUUAUAUUAUUUAACAUUACCAUUCUGUAUCUAAUACGCUUGGAUUGAGUUCCUUGGUUGAUAAACGUAUGACAGCGAAUCUAGUGUUUUUGAGUAAUCUAAUUAAUGGUAUAUUGAUGCUCCCGAGUUAACUAUAAAGCUAUAUCUCGGUUUUCUAGAUCAUGUUAUCCUUUUGUAAUUCCUUUCCAUUAUACUAACUAAUGUAUGACUAUGGUAAGUACAAUCCAAUUGAUCGAAUGAUGCGUUUAGCCAAUGAGCACCCUACCUUAUUUAGUCUAUAACAUAAUAUUUAAUAUGUGUUUUGUUAAUUAUUAAUUACUGUAUGUCAUCAUAAUGUUGUAUUAUUUA